UUUGAUUUUGAUGGGCAGCUCUUAGGAGCCUCUGCAGAGAAUUUAUGUUAUUCACACACUUCUUUUCUGGCUAACCCAAAACCCCACCAUAUCUCUGUCUCUUUCUCCUCUUUCUUUUCUUUAUAUCAAGCUGUAAUUAAGAAAGAAAGAUUUAUCUCCACUGCUAGUAGCUUAAGAGUGAUAUAUCGCUAUUUUCAAGAAAGGAGGCAAAAAGUGAGGAAGAGCAAAAGAAAAGAAAAACCUAGUUAUGGAUUGUUUUGGUGCCAAGAAAAAGAGCUACAGCAAUCAAUGUGAGAAAGAUCUGAGAGGUCUAGCAGAAAAAGUAAGGCUUCUUCAAGGGGAAAUCAAAGCCAUACUGUGUGAGAGAGAGAAAGAGAAUAGAGCUUAUGAGAGAGACAUGAUGGUGUUUGCGUUUAAAGAAGGUGAAUGGAAGCAAGAAAGGAAGAAGCUUAAAGAGGAAGUGAAGAGACUGAAAAAGAUGUUAGAAGAGAAGGAAGAAAUGAUUAGAGGAAUGGAAGACGGAUCCUUUGUUGGAGAGAAAGAUGAGAAAAAUUGGCUAUUUUCAUUAUCAGGGAAUACUGCUGCUACUGUUACUGCUUCUAGCUUCUUGGUGGAGCAAAUGAGGGAAGAGAGAGUGUGGAGAGAUGAAGCUGUAGAUAAGUGGAAGAAACUGUAUCUUGCCAUCAAGACUGAGCUUGAUGAUCUCAUUCAAAGAACUCAUCGAGAUGGACUGUAUUGGAAAGCAGAGGAGGAAGAAAUGAUUGAAGAGCUAAAGAUGGAAGUGAAAGCAAAGGAUGAAACAAUUGAGGAGCUAAAAGCAAGAUUAGCUUUAGUGGAGCAUGAAGAGUACAAGAGAGCAAGAGAGGUUGAUAUACUGAGGCAAAGCUUGAGAAUCAUGAGCAGUAAGAACUCACCAAGUUACCCUCCUAGCAAACCCAAGUUGGCAGUACUUGUGAAACAGGCUAGAAAAGCAUAGCUUUUCAUGUAAUAUUGAGAGUUCUAUCUUCUGGUAGGUUGUAUGAAUUAAAGUUCAGGACAGUAUAAACUUGCAACUUUGCAUACCCAUAA